UUGGAUGAUGGAAGAUUUGAAGUAUCAUCUUCAAAUCAAUAUAGAUCAGUUAUCAUCAAAUUCAAGGGAGAAGUCAUUCCUCCAGUGUCAGAACCAACUGGCAAUCAAGAAACUUGCGCAACUAAGAGAACAGAAGUUAUUGAUCCAACGGAUAAAAACGAAACAACAGGUGAUAAUGAUCCAACCGGUAAAAAUGAAACAACUGGCGAAAAUAAGACAACUCCAACACCAAAUAGCGGAGGAGGAAAAUCAGAUGAUUCCAUUGAAAACGGCACUGAAAAAUCCGGCGCCGACAAAACAUCAAUUAUUAUAGGUGUCGUUUGUGGAGUCCUCGUUGUUUGUAUCAUUGUAAUCCUUGUAGUUCUUAUUAUCCAUAGAAAGAAACAUUCUAAGUCUAAGUCAAAUAGAACUAAAUUAGAGGAAAACUCUGAUCAGCCAGCAGAAGAAAUUUAA